GUUCCGCUGGUUGCGCUCGUAUGCGGCCGACGGAGAGACGCAACGAAGAAGAAUGGUGAAAGUUAGUGCCCUGCCUUUUGGCAGGUGUGCAUGUGGAAGCAUGUAAGCUUGCAGUGCUCCGUUUUGUUUAUAGCAGCUGUGUGGCGGCGGUAUCCACCGAGAUCACAACUUCCUCAUUUUUUUGUCGUGGCGGACGAGUAAAGUGGCCAACGGACGAGCGAGGCAACAAUGUACGACGACGAGCUGGCGAGCGACGCGACUCGGAUACUGCAAGAUCUGAGUCUCUUCGAAGUGCCGUCCAGGGACCAUUUGACGGCGGCGACGCCGAAGCGUACGGACACUUCGGCUGGCGAGGACUUCGAGAAGAAGCGAGAAAUAUACGCUAAUCUGAACAGUAAGUCUUACCCGGACUUUGCACUGGCGGCCGAUCACGACUAUGGACGCAUUCUCUCUCGGGCGGCUACCUCUGCGGGCAGCUACGCUUCGGCGGACGUGCUUGGUAGCCCCCGACGGUAUCUUCCCUCCAGCAGGCGUGCUUUGGGUGCAAUCGAGAGCCUAGCCGACGGCAAAGACCUCCAGGUAUACGCCAGGAUUGACCGCGCUAGCGUAAUUACCGCCUCUAAGUUCGCGACGCCCAAAGCACCUUGCACCGAAGCAGCUAGCGGAGUGCCGCCGCCCGACUAUGCACGGUGGGCUGCUUGCAAAACACGAUUGCCGGAUAGCGCUCAUUCAAGUCCGCGCAGCAGUGUCAGUUCGUCGAGCCGCGACUCUCAGCACUCGAACAGUUCCGCCGGCGCUGCGCCCAUCUACGAGAACGUGGCGGCCCUGCAGAGCCCGCGGUCGUCGCUCAGUUCUCAGGACUCGAAGCCACCGAGCCCGCGGGCCAGCCACUGCGAACCGCCGCCGUAUCCACACGCAAAACCCCCUCCCGAAUAUCCCAUCUACGCCAACCUGGAUGGUUCGUCGCUGCAGCGCAACGGACUGGUCAGGCCGUGUGCUCAGAAGCCGUCAUCGUACGCAUCGAGCGUGCGAUAUUCGACGACCGGCAGCAGCAACAGCCUGUCUUGCUCGUACCCGAUCGGCAGGCAGCAGCAGCAGCAGGUUCUUCGCAGCCAGCCGUGCGAUGCUGGACUCGCAGCGCGCAGCCCCCAGUCCGCCUGUCCGCAAGUGCCGCCGCAGGCGCUCCCGCCGCCGCCCCCUUACCCGGGCUACAAGCCCAACACGCUCAACACCAAGACGCUGCUGCCGUACAACGUGACCCCUCCGCGGCCCAAGGGUCCCACGGAGGCCGAGAAGAAGAUCGAGGCCCUCAUGCGCCAGAUCGAAGACGAGCUCGAGCAAAACCCGCCGGAGGGAGAGUUCUUCGGUAUCUGCCAUACAUGUGGUGAAAAGGUGACGGGUGCUGGCCAGGCCUGUCAAGCAAUGGGCAACCUCUACCACACCAACUGCUUCAUUUGCUGUUCAUGUGGGCGUGCUCUGAGAGGCAAGGCAUUCUAUAAUGUACAUGGCAAGGUAUACUGUGAAGAAGACUACCUGUACUCUGGCUUUCAACAGACUGCAGAGAAAUGUGCUGUUUGUGGACACUUGAUUAUGGAAAUGAUUCUGCAAGCAAUGGGAAAGUCUUACCAUCCUGGCUGUUUUCGCUGUUGCAUAUGCAAUGAAUGCUUGGACGGGGUUCCGUUCACAAUUGACAUGGACAACAAGAUAUAUUGUGUCAACGAUUACCACAAAAUGUUUGCACCGAAGUGUGCGGCUUGUGGGAAGGCAAUUACACCUGUGGAGGGAACAGAUGAAACUGUUCGGGUUGUUUCGAUGGACAAGGAUUUUCAUGUGGACUGCUAUGUUUGUGAGGAGUGCAGCCUGCAGCUGACAGAUGAGCGGGAUAAGCGUUGCUACCCACUGGACGGCCACUUGCUGUGCCAGGGUUGUCAUGUGCGGAGGCUGCAGGCACAGGGCUCUGCUGCUCGAGGGGAGCCACCACCUCAGGGGGCACAAGCACAGAUUGUAUGGAAUGGAGCACAGCUACAUUAGGCCUUGGUAUAUUUCUCUCUCAGGGCUGGUCCUUAAGAGGAACAAAGAAAAACAAAAAAACACAAGAGUUGCCUGAAGAUGGAGGGCACCCUUUUUUUUGCAGCAAGCAGUGCCAAUUCAACAUUCAACUCUUCGAGAAACGUUUUUAUACAUAUAUAUAUAUAUAUAUAAUGUAUAUGCAUAGCACUUCUUCUUUUUUUUAUCUCAGUGAAUGAAAGGUUUGUUGGAGAGACUCGCAAGGACACCUUGUUUAAAUGACCAGUGUGCUGGUUGCCAGCAGCAGAGGGAUGCAUACAUGUGCUAGGUGGCAUGGCUGGAGCAUGUACAUAGCACUUGCACAUAAAGAACAGUGGGCAUGGUGCAUAAAAUGGUAUACUGUAAUAUGCUGGGGGUCCAAAGUGACAGCAGCCACUGUCACGCCUGCAGCCCAUUUUUUCUGUCUUCUUCUUCUUCUCCGGUGUACUUUUUCUUUCUUUUUUUUUUUUAUCCCAAGAAAGGAGCUCUAGAGCACACACAAUUCACUGGCCUACAGGCAAUAUUUUCUGCACACCUGAAGUAUCUGGCUGGGUGAAUGAUAAUCAAGUCACAUGCAGUUCAGAGCAACUUGAAUGCAGCUGCUAGAGUGUGAAUAUUGUGUUGUCUGUACUUACCUUUUAUAUUGCAUAUGCAGUGACUGUCACUUCACUGCCAAAAUUUAGAUAGCCGUUUUUGUAGCACUUCUGGAAAGUGCAUUAUUAUCUUGGAGAUCUUGCGGUCACCUUCCAGUACUUUGGACAUCAAACUUUCUUAGAUGAGUCUUUUCUUUCUUAGCACUUUUAGCAAGCAUUACCUGCGUUCAGCGCUUGUUAGAAGCGCUUGCAUGCAUUAGGAGUGCCGGUGUGCACUUAAAACCGCGAGGAAUUCAGCAGACUGUACUACUGGCUCCCUAGGCAAAAACUGCGAAGACAACAACCUGUAGUGAUGAUGAAGACGUUUCCUGGCCCCUAGGUAAAGUUUAUAAACAAGAUUGUUAGCGCCAGUGAUAGUGUUGUCGCAUAUGUGCCGCUCACUGACAAUGACGUGUAGUUAUUGUAAAGCCGUAUUGAAGUAGUCGGGCGGAUGACGGUCUACUUCAAGUAAUAAAAAAAGGAUUUGGAUUCAUUCAUUUUGCUGUUGUUUGUGAAUUAAACCGUUCAGAUAAUAUGAUCAAAACUUGCUUCUCCAUGGUGUCGAAUUGAUGACAGUAGACUGAGAAAUUUAAUCAAUUCUUACAUCCUGCUCCUUAUUUUUUAUCUUUCUAGAUGUGUGUAUGCAGGCUUCAUAAAGGGGGGAGGGGGUGCUUUUAAUCUCCUUUGGCAGCUGUGCUCAAGUUACACACACAACAUUUGUUUGUUCAUACAGUUACACUUUGUAGUUUUAAGGGACUUUAUAAAGCAGCUUUUCAUUCGUUAUGGUACUGCUCGUCAGCCUGUGCAAGACAGGGUAAAUUGGAGGUCAUUGAGAGAGGCCUUUGUCCUGCAGUGGACAUAGAUGAUUAUGUUUUUUUAUAUAUAUUCUUCCUAAGGGGGCCCUGAAACACCUCUCCAAGUGACCAUGCAAUGACCUCAUUAGUGGAGUAUGCUGCCUUUCGAAUCUUCUAAUCCUUCAAGUAUAAGUAGAUGUAGAGGUUGCUAUUGGACCAAGGCACUGCUUUCUCAUUUGGUGUCCCUCAGCAAGCUGGAAUCUGCACAGGAAGGAUGGCAAGGCCGUAUCCAAAAGUUCCAUUGAUGCCUGCCUUGGCCAUGGGCAUUUUCUCCUUUCUUUCUUUUGAAAGUGCAGACAUUUAUACUUUUCCGUCAUUCAACUCAAAAUUAGCAAUGAUAGUAUUACUGAGAAUGCACUUGCAAUAAAAAAAAUCCACCAUUACCAAUUGGGCCUUUCUGUUCCCAUUUUCUCCAUUGCUGCUGAUGGUGUUGCUAAGGGGCAAGCAAGCAAGCAAUUUUGUACUGUUUAUGACAGGAUAUAGUAAAUUCCCUGCCACACACAGUGCAGUAAUAUUUGGUUCACAUGUCAGCCCUUGAUGAUGAUGAUCGCGAAAUUUACACUCAAAAUUUACGCAGCCACAAAAUUUGCACACAGCAGAAAAAAGGCCGCCAAGCCAAUUGAAUGUAGUACCUCUGGGUUUCUGUACGACAUGGUAUGCAGCCUGCCUAUCCAGAUUUCCUCUGCCUUAUCAAGCCUUCUGGCUGUUUUGGUAAUGUGUGUCGAUAUAGGUUAGGAUGUUGUAGUAUUUCUGUGUACAAUGUUUGGGAUGUUGGCUGUUCGUAAACAGUAGGGGCAUCUUUAAGAAAAAGGGAGAGCUGGGGAAGAAAUGUUUGGGCUUGUCCACCUCCUACUGUCCCUUGGUGUCCUGGGGGGACCCAUAGCAGUUGUUUCCAUGCUGCCUUCUUUUUGGAUUGUAUGAGGAUUUCAUUGGCAAGGGGUGCUCUUUGGCCUUUCAUGUCGUUUCUAUGCACUCCUUGGGAAUCUGUAAGGAUGAAAAUUGAGUUGGAGUGCACAGCAGCGAAGGCAACAGCUGCCUUUUCCGUGGUUAGUGUAUCUUCAUCGCACAGCGAGAUGCUGUCCACCACAUGAUUUUAAUGUACCACUGCCACAGUAUGGACGCUAUAUACCUGACUUGCAACUUCCACAAAGAAUGCCCCAUCUGUUUGCGAAUAGUGGUCAUUUCUGGAUUUUGACCAUGCAGAUCUUCUGGCAUGAUGGUGUUUGGAAUGCAUGUUUCAUGCAUCCAGAACACCAUCACUUUGAUAACUUGUUGAAAACGUGUUUCAAGGUCCUUUUAGCUGCUUUCAUCAAGCAUGCGAAGCCUAUAAUAGCUACAUUUUUCGUUAAAUUGUGUUGCAGGAGCACAUGCAAUGGCUUUGUACUCGCAGACAUCCACGUGCAUUUCACUUAUCCUGCCAGCAUUUUUUUUUAUUCUCUUUAUUGUACAACUUUCAACAAUUAUUUCAAUGAGCAGCUUGUCAUCCGUCAUCAUAUUUUUAUUACGUUUUGUAUGCGCAUGCAGUUGCUUGUGCUCUGAUUUAUAUUGGUAAACUGUCUCAUGCAAGAGAAGGGAAAUUUGUAGAGGUGGAUGUUACAAUAAAAGCAACUGUGCUCUGUCUUAUGCAUUCUUGGUGCCAACCUGCAGUCUGCUAAUGUCUGAAUUUAUAAUGUGCCAUUAGAAUACUCUAUGGCUUAAAAUUUAUGAACAAGUUGUGCAGAAAUGCCAUUGGCCUUUGAUGAAGCAUUCUUAGUGUUUCGACACAGCAACUUUUUUAAGCAUUCCAUGCAACUUAAGUGUGUAGAAAAACCAGUGUAACGCUUAAAAAAGUUACAUUCUAUAGAAGGCUGUCAUCUGCUUCCACUAGAUACUAGUUUCUUGUCUUACACGAUCUACAACAGUUUAAAUGUGAUGUAUCUUGAUCAAAAUAAGGGCCUGCAGAUUAUUGCACAUUCGCAAAACUACAUCAUGCACCUUACUAUCUCAUUUUCACUUGAAUUGCCUUGUGGUCUAAGAUUGCUACACUUGGAGACACUAUUAUGUUGUGUAGGAACCAAGUUUUUCUAUUUUGGGCAUACACAUAUAAAAACUUGGCCACAUUUCAUCUGUGCGCUUGUUUUAUGUUUAGCAUGUGUAGUUUGUGGGAAUGAUUUUUUUUGUUGCUAUCUUUGAUAGAUGUAGAAGUUACUGGAGGUUUGUGUUUAGAAAAGUGCUUGCUUUGGUUGUCUUGUGGGGAUUGCAUCACUUUGUUGUGCCCGGAAUCCCGUGUUUAAGUGUGUGUGACCUUUCGGCUGAUGUUGAUGCACUUAGUGCACUCAUCAACGGUAUGGUAGGAGUUGCAGUAAUAUGGCUGUUUACAUUUCAUGCUAACCAUGCCACAUGUGUAGUUUGCCACUUCAAAUUUUUCUGUGAAUUGUCUGACAGUGCAAGUGCCUGAAGGUCUUGCAAUUGCACACUGCUAGUGAAUUGGCCGCACCAACAUUAAAAGCUAAGCAUGUCAACUUCAGACUUUUUGAAAUACGUAGUCUUUUAUGAGCAAUCACAGCAUUGCAGAUGUGGGGUUUUACUUCUCAGCACAAUGUGGUACUUUUAUUUAAGAGCAUACAUAGCAUAAUGGCGUGGACAGUAUCCAAAGUGAUAUCCCAUUAGUACACUUGGUUUUGCCUUUCUGCAAAUGUUAUUCAUUCUGCUGAUCAUUGUUUUGAUGGCCAAAAAAAUAUACUAUACAUCUUAGCUAGGGUGAACUUCUGACCUAGUACGUUAAAUAUAUAUUCUCAUUGUUUAGCGCAGAAACGUAUGAAAAAAGAAAGGAUGCACACAAGCACUAAACGGCGCUUUUGUUUGUUCGUGUUUGUCCCAAUCUUCAUAAGUUUCUGCGCUAGCCACUGAGAAUAUAAGUACAUGUUGGAGGGCUGUGUUCUCCGUAAAUUUGGCAGUCACUGUAAAGUUGGCAUUCAUAUCUUUGCAUGUGAAUCUUACUGUAUAAGUGCUGUGGCAAUUAGCUUCAUAGUAGGAGUGCAGUGACAGAUUGGCAAUUUUUUCUGUGCAUCUAUAUUUAUAUAUAUGACUACGAGUCGUAGUUUUUUCCUGCGUGGAAAACAGAGCCUUAAAACAAAAUGUGCUGCGUUUUCAAGCUGUCUAGUUUGGGAACAGAAGUUUUAUCUUGUCAUAUUUGUUAGCUAUAAUGUGGACACCUCUGUCCUAAAAAAAAGCACCAUAAAGAUGGAAUUGUGCUUCAUCAGACAGCUGGAAGCACUUCCACAUUGUACAAUUUGUAGAAGUAUCACGUUGUUUUGCACUUUUUCCUGUACAGAUGAAUACAAAUGGACCAUAUUUUUUCUUGUGCAAAUAAGUGGUGAUAUAAAGGUUUUUUUUUUUCAUUUGUACAGUUCAUUGACAAUAAACUUUUGCUAAUUGUC